UCAGCUGUUUACAUUUCUAACCUAAAAGCCGCGAAAUUAUUGAUAUAUAGUUCUAAAAUGAGAUUAAUUUCACAAAUAUUUCAGCCAGUUAUAACGAUACCGAAAGGUGCUAAAAUUAAAAAUACUGACAUAACUUGUAAGAGUCAAAAACUCCUUCUAGAAUGUGGCUUGGUCCGUCCAACCAGUGCUGGUCUAUUCACCCUUCUCCCCCUUGCAAGACGAGCUGUGACCAAGAUUGAAAAUAUCAUCCAUCGUUGCUUAGAAGAAGUUGGAGCUCAGAGGAUCACGCUGCCAUGCCUCACAUCGGCUAAAUUAUGGGCAGCAAGUGGUCGGCUUGAUGAUGUUGGUCCGGAGCUCAUAAAAGUUGAAGACAGACACGGCAAGAAGUUCCUCUUGGCACCGACACACGAGGAAGCAAUAGCAGACCUACUCGCUGACGUUGGUCCCAUAUCCUACAAACAGCUCCCAUUCACAUUGUAUCAGAUGGGCAAUAAGUACAGGGACGAACACCGUCCGAAGCACGGGUUGCUGCGGGCGAGGGAAUUCAACAUGUUAGACGCGUACAGCCUACACGCGUCUCACUCGUGCGCGGUCGACACGUACGCGACACUCACACGAGCCUACGCUAAGAUAUUCCGAACGCUGGACUUGCCUGUGUGUAGAGUUCAAGCUCCCACCGGAGAAAUGGGGGGGACAUUAUCACACGAGUGGCAACUGCCGUCAUCGGCCGGUGAAGACAUACUCGCCGUAUGUCCGUCCUGCUCGCACACGACACUCGCCAGCGAAACUAACGAGUGUGCCAAGUGUGGGAAAGAGACAGAACGUGUUAAUAGUAUAGAGGUGGGUCACACAUUCGUUCUGGGCACACGAUACAGUGAGCCGUUGCAAGCGAACUGUGUGGGCCCGGACUCGUCCGCCCCCCUCCACAUGGGCUGCUAUGGCAUCGGCGUCACCCGCUUGCUGGCGGCCAUUUUGGAAGUUCUGUCAACUGAGAAAUCUAUGAGAUGGCCGGUAGAGGUCGCGCCGUACAGCGCUGUCGUUAUCGGGCCUAAGGAAGGUUCCAAGGAGUGGUCGAAGCUGAACUUCGACACAGUGCUGGGCGUCGCUCGGCGGAUACACGACAGCGGCUUCCGGGACGACGUGCUGGUGGACGACCGGCACGGACUCACCAUCGGGAAACGCCUGAUGAUGGCAGACAGAAUCGGUUACACAUUCAUCAUAGUGUGCGGCAGGUCUGCCUUAGAGACUCCGCCGCGCUACGAGCUGUACCGGAGCGCCGGGGGCGAAGCGCAGACGCCACGAUUGUUAACAAUUGAUGAGUUAUUAACUGUUAUGAAUGAAAGAAAAAAUGUUAUUAAUAUUGAGUAUAGAGAAAAUGUUGUCGUGUGAUAAUAAACUUAUAGCGUC